GCAUAUACAAUAUGGGAUGCUAGCUGCUAAGUUGAGCUGGCCUGACGGCCUGUGCAGCCAUCUAUAUCUCUUCCCGUCUCUGGGUCAGUUGGUCACACACACUUCCCCAGGCUCCCAUGGCGGCUGCAGGGGCAGUGGUGAUGCUCAGUGGACUUCUCCUCCCUUUCCUCCUGGCUGUCGCCUCCGGCGAGCCGCCGAUCAGCCGGAGAAGCUUCCCUGAGGGGUUCAUCUUCGGGACGGCCUCGUCGUCGUAUCAGUAUGAGGGCGGUGCAGCGGAAGGGGGCAGAGGACCAAGCAUCUGGGACACAUUCACGCAUCAGCACCCAGAUAAGAUAGCUGAUAGAAGUAAUGGGGACGUGGCUGCGGAUUCCUACCAUCUAUACAAGGAGGAUGUGCGCAUCAUGAAGGAUAUGGGAAUGGAUGCAUACAGAUUCUCCAUCUCAUGGACAAGAAUUCUUCCAAAUGGAAGUCUGAGCGGUGGAAUCAACAAAGAAGGCAUCACGUAUUACAACAAUUUGAUCAAUGAACUAUUAUUGAAAGGGGUGCAACCAUUUGUUACCCUUUUCCACUGGGACUCGCCACAGGCACUAGAAGAUAAAUAUAAUGGAUUUCUUAGCCCUAAUAUCAUAAAUGACUACAGGGACUAUGCUGAAGUCUGCUUCAAAGUGUUCGGUGACAGAGUGAAGCAUUGGAUCACCUUCAAUGAACCUUUGAGCUACUGCGUUGUGGGUUAUGCAUCUGGCACAUUUGCACCAGGCCGCUGUUCUCCCUGGGAGCAGGGAAAUUGCAGUGUUGGAGAUUCAGGAAGGGAGCCUUACACUGCAUGCCAUCAUCAGCUACUUGCUCACGCGGAAGCCGUUCGGUUGUACAAAGAGAAAUAUCAGGUCUUACAAAAGGGGAAGAUUGGGAUAACUUUGGUCUCGAACUGGUUCAUUCCCUUAUCCCGCUCCAAAUCCAGCAUCGACGCUGCAAAGCGUGCUCUAGACUUCAUGCUUGGAUGGUUUAUGGAUCCCCUGAUUAGAGGUGAGUACCCCCUAAGCAUGAGAGAGUUAGUUGGGAGUCGCCUGCCGCAGUUCACCAGGGAACAGUCUGGUUUGAUCAAGGGAGCAUUCGAUUUUAUUGGACUUAAUUACUACACCUCAAACUAUGCCGGUAGCCUUCCUCCAUCAAAUGGCCUUAACAACAGCUACAAUACUGAUGCUCGAGCUAAUCUUACCGCUGUUCGAAAUGGAGUCCCCAUAGGUCCUCAGGCUGCUUCACCUUGGCUUUUCAUCUAUCCUCAAGGGUUCCGUGAAUUGGUACUUUAUGUUAAAGAGAAAUACGGAAAUCCUACUAUAUACAUCACUGAAAACGGUGUUGAUGAAUUCAACAACAAGACCUUACCACUCCAGGAAGCCUUGAAGGAUGACACCAGGAUAGAGUACUACCACAAGCACCUUCUUUCCCUGCUAAGUGCUAUAAGGGACGGAGCAAAUGUGAAGGGGUACUUUGCAUGGUCGCUGCUUGACAACUUCGAGUGGUCGAACGGCUACACAGUUCGGUUUGGGAUAAACUAUGUGGAUUACAACGACGGAGAGAAGAGGUACCCCAAAAAGUCAGCCCAUUGGUUCAAGGAAUUCCUCCAGAAGUGAUGAAAAUGGAAAAAAAAGAAAAAACAUGUAAAAGAGUUGGAUGAAUUGCCUUCCCAUUGAUCUGCAAAGAGUACACAUAUGUCACAUACAUGAGCCAGGUAUAACUAUAAGAAUUACAAGUGUCAGUAAA